UCACACUCCAUCACAGUAGGUGGCGGUAUGCACCUAUGAAGUUGGUUCGCAACCCGCCAUAAAACCAAAAGAAGAAGAAGAAGAAGAAGAGACAAACGCAAAGCAUUUUGGGUAACUUUGAAAGAUGGCGGACGACGCUGAGCAGCAACAAACCAGCAACACAGUGGAAGAGCCUCUGGAUCUGAUCCGGCUGAGUCUGGAUGAGAGGAUCUAUGUGAAGAUGAGGAACGACAGAGAGCUGCGCGGCAGACUGCACGCCUAUGACCAGCACUUAAACAUGAUCCUCGGAGAUGUUGAAGAGACAGUGACGACUGUGGAAAUCGAUGAGGAGACGUAUGAGGAGAUUUAUAAGGUAACUGCUGCUGCAUUCCACAUUUUUCUUUGUGUUUGUGUUCUUCUUAGUCAUACAGUUCAAUGUCAGUGAUAAAUCCUAAGGGGC